CCAACUCAUCUGGAGGUUAUUUGUGAAAGCCCUUUGCAUGCUGGGCGAAAGGAUGCCGAGCGACAUUUUUGUGUUCAGAUUGCAUCGAAUCGUUUUGAAGGAUUACGUACUGUUGAGAUGCAUCGAAUGGUCAACAAAUGUCUUGCCGAGGAGUUAGCAGGUCCAGUGCACGCACUGAGGAUCGAUGCUUAUCCAUCAUCGAAAUUCGAAGAUCAGCAGCCAACUGAAUCGCCGAAGUGUGAAAAAGGAAAACAUGGUACUCACACCAACUAG